GGGGGGGAAACCGGAUAAGUUGGUAUCUGAGUAAAAUGACAAUAAACCCCCUCCUACAGCAUGAAUAGAAGGGCAAUCAAGUCAAAGCGUUCCAGCUGCGGGAAGGGAAACACGGUGCAUGAUGACGAUAUCACCAGCCAAACAACAUAAAAAAGAAAAAAAUGACACAAUGCCUCGCCCCAGAAAUACAAAGCACAAUAGCAGUAGAUUGACACCCCAAACGACAUCGGACAACAUAUAGAAAAUAAUAAGAAGGGAGCCCAAUUUUCGUUCCCUCUUUCAUAACCGGAGUGGGAGUCACCAGUUUUCCAGGAACAAGAAUUAGGGUUUUUAUUUCUGUAACAGAGAACAGCUGAAAACGACGAAGUAUCUGCUAACUCAAUACCCUAACUCACCACCUUCAACUUCUUCACUCCAAUCGGGAAGCCUUUGACGGAAGCACCGUUUCUUCUGCAUCAGUAGCGGAGCGAACCACUUCGGAAUCUGAGGUUAAAUAUCAGGUUGUAAUGGUCUUCUUACAUAUUUGAUGCUGAUUGAUGGAUCCUGAUAGCAAGAAGUUUGGAAGAGGACCUAGAGAACUUACAGGUGCUGUGGAUCUUAUAAGCCACUACAAACUGUUGCCUCACCACGAAUUCUUCUGUAAGAAGUCACUACCCUUGUCUAUCUCCGAUACACACUAUCUUCAUAAUGUGGUGGGAGACACAGAAAUUAGGAAAGGUGAAGGUAUGCAAUUGGAUCAGCUCAUUCAGGACACUUCCUUUUCAAGAGAGGCAAAUGCACGCAUACAGCCAUUUGACCUAGAUGUUCUGAGAGAAGCCUUCCAAUUACGGGAGACUGCACCAGUUGAUCUGCCUCCUUCUGAGAAGGGUAUUCCUACCAUAGCUGCAAAAUCAAAAAGCGAGUCUAAAGACAAGGAAAAGAAGCAUAAAAAGCACAAGGACAAGGACAAGGACAAGGACAAGGAUAAAGAACACAAGAAGCACAAACAUCGUCAUAAAGAUCGGAGUAAAGAUAAAGACAAGGAGAAAAAGAAAGAUAGAAGUGGCCAUCAUGAUUCUGGUGCUGAGCACUCAAAGAAACAUCAUGAAAAGUUUCAGAAAAGGAAGCAUGAUGGGGAUGAAGAUCUCAGUGAUGUUCACAAGCACAAGAAAAGUAAGCAUAAGAGCUCAAAGAUUGAUGAGAUGGGUGCGAUAAAGGUAGCAGGCUAAUUAAAGGCAGACAGUUCUUUGUAAUUUUUUAGUCCUCUGAUGUUGCAGUUGAGAAUUUGGAGGAGUCCUUUACUUACUAUUGUUCAAGUCCAUAUAUCUGAGGUACAGAAAUUCCAUAUAAUGACUAUGUCCUGCUAUUAUGUCCUGCUAAGACCUAUAUUAGAAGACAAAUUCCAUAUAAUGACUAUUGUGUUUCUACUAGAAUUAAACUUCUUUGGCAUGAUAUUUUUUC